ACAAGGAAACACAAAGUAUUUUUCAUUUACCACUCAGUGUGGAUGCAUGUCUCUCAUGGACACAUAUACGGAAACUUUACAAUGAUCCAGUCUGAGGAAACCAAAGAGGCGUCUGUGCCCAUGAAUGAUAGUCUGUCCUAUGAAAACGGCACAGAGGUCGGACCUCAGAGGAACGAGGAGAAAAACUCCACAUCUGAUUCACAGAGUCUUUCCCUGAAAAAUCAGAAAUCCAUGGAUAAUCCUCUAACUUUCCAAAAGGAAGAUGGAGCUUCAAUGACAGAGCAGACGAAGCUCCCCAUGAAACAGAACAAAUCCUUGGAUUAUCCAAUUGGUUUCAAACAUUUGAUGCGGAGAACGAUAAGCUCUCCUACACCAAGUGUUGUAUCCCUGAAGAGCAACGACUCAAUGGAUUACCCUGUAAAUUUUAAACGUUCUUCAUUUUCAGGUUUCAGGUAUAAAACAGGAAACUCUUCCACACCAAGCGUUGUGUCCCUAAAGAGCAACGAUUCGAUGGAUUACCCCGUUAAUUUUAAAGGUUCAUCGUCGUCAGGUUUUGGGCAGAAAAUGGGAAACUCUUCCACACCGAGCAUUGUGUCCUUAAAGAGCAACGACUCUAUGGAUUACCCUGUUAACUUUAAAAGUUCUUCAUCUCCAGGUUUUGGGCAGAAAAUGGGACAUUCUUCUACACCGAGCAGUGUAUCCUUAAAGAGCAACGAUUCAAUGGAUUACCCCGUUAAUUUUAAAGGUUCUUCACGUUCAGGUUUUGGGCAGAAAAUGAGAAACUCUUCUACACCGAGCGUUGUGUCCCUAAAGAGCAACGACUCAAUGGAUUACCCCGUUAAUUUUAAAGGUUCUUCGUCUUCAGGAUCUGAUGAUAAAAUACUAGAGGAGACCAGCAGUUUUCAUGGAGACCUUCACAAAGUUUUUGAGAGACUUGAGAGGGAAACUGUCACUCUUGUAAGGAGCGAGCUGAAGAAGCUGCAUCAGAUGUUAACUCCCAAUUACCCGAAACCCCUUUGGACACAUGAUGUGAUCGGAGACGUGUUUCAUUGUGAGGAAAGAGAGAAGAUCCUUACUGGAGAAGAAGAGGAGGUCAUGAACUUCCUGAGGAAAUUUUUGAGGAUGAUGAAGCUUGGAGACUUUGCUGAUGCUCUAUCGUCCAGUCACUCUGUCAGGAGCCCAUCUAAGGACAAAGAUGAGUCACAUGUGACCAAAAUCUCUGAACUUGAUGACCAGCAGCUCAAAUCUGAGAGUAAUAAAUUAAGACCUCAACUCAGAAUCCCCCCAAAGGAAGACAUGGACACAACAUUUAAGAAUCUUGAGGGGAACAUUGUUGUCUUUGUUGAGAAUGAGCUGAGAAGUUUCCAUAAGCUCUUAAACAGAGAAACUGUUCAUAGCCAAGAUGAGGAUGAAGAGGUGAUAAACUGGGAGGAGGAAGAGCAGAAGAAAAUGACCAAACAAGCUUUUCUGGACAUGAUCGUUACGUUUUUGAGAAGAAUGAAGCAAGAAGAGUUGGCCUUUGCUCUACUAAACAAAAGUGUUAUGUCCAAAGGCCAAUCUAAACUCAAAUCCAACCUGAAGACGAGGUUCGCAUAUGUACUAGAAGGAAUUGCCAAAGAAGGUCAUCCAACCCUUCUUAAUAAAAUCUACACUGACCUUUACAUAACUGAAGGACGUGAAGAGGUCAUCAAGGAUCAUGAAGCGAAACAGAUUGAAAAAACUCUCAGAAAAACAAUGGACCCACUAACAAUCAGACGUGAAGAUAUUUUUAAACCCAUUACUGGAAGAGAUAAACCAGUCAGAACAGUGAUGACAGAAGGAGUGGCUGGCAUUGGGAAAACAGUCUUGACACAGAAGUUUGCUCUGGACUGGGCUGAAGGAAAAAACAACCAGGACAUCCAGUUCACAUUUCCAUUUUCCUUCAGAGGACUGAACAUGGUGAAGGAGAAAAAGUUCAGUUUGGUUGAACUCAUUCAUCUCUUCUUCCCUGAAAUCAAAGAAGCAGGAAUCUGCCGUUUUGAUCACUUCAGAGUUUUGUUCAUCUUUGAUGGUCUGGAUGAGUGUCGAUUUGCUCUGGACCUGAAAACCAAAGAGGUUCUGACCGAUGUUACACAGUCUGCAUCAUUAGAGAUACUGCUGGCAAACCUUAUCAAGGGGAGGUUACUUCCUUCAGCUCGAGUCUGGAUCACAACUCGACCUGCAGCGGCCCAUCUGAUCCCUCCUGAGUUUGUUGACCUGAUGACUGAAGUCAGAGGAUUCAAUGACCCUCAGAAGGAGGAGUACUUCAGAAAGAGAUUCACAGAGGAAGAGGAAAGCAAAAUGGUCCUGUCUCACAUCAAAUCAUCAAGAAGUCUCUACAUUAUGUCUCACAUCCCUGUCUUCUGCUGGAUCAUUGCUACUGUUCUGGAGGAUGCCAUUAACGCCAGAGAACAAGCAGACCUACCCAAAUCCCUGACAGAUAUGUAUAUCCUCUUCCUGGUGGUUCUGUCCAAGGUGAAGAAUGUCAAGUACGACAAAAAAGUUGAAAAAGAUCCCCUCUGGACUCCAGAGACCAAGGAUACAAUUCAGUCAUUGGGAAAACUGGCCUUUGAGCAGUUAAUGAAAGGAAACUUGUUCUUCUAUGAAUCUGACCUGACUGAGUGCGGCAUUGAUGUCAGAGCAGCCUCAGUGUAUUCAGGGGUGUUCACAGAGAUCUUUCAGGAGGAGAGAGGGUUUUUCCAUCAGAACAUGUUCUGCUUUGUCCACUUGAGCAUUCAGGAGUUUUUGGCUGCUCUUCAUGUCCAUCUGACCUUCUUCAGCACUGGUGUCAAUCUGCUGGCAGAAAAGAAAUCAGUCUCACAUGGGUCAAAGAUAACUGAUGAACAAUAUGAGCACUUCUACAAAACAGCAGUAGAGAAAGCUAUAGAUGCUCCAGAUGGCAAACUGGAUCUGUUCCUGAGAUUCCUCUUUGGUCUUUCUUUGGACACCAAUCAGAGGCUCCUCCACGACUUCGUGACAGAAAGAAAACCAUCAAGCAGUUCCUUGAAAAACAUAGUUGAGUACAUCGAGAAGAAGAUUGAAGAGAUUCUGUGUCCCUUUGAUAAAGCCAAUUUAUUUCACUGUCUAAAUGAACUGAAGGAGCUUUCUUUAAUGACAGAGAUUGAACAAAUCUUAAAAUCAGGAAAACUGGAGACAGAAAAUUUCACAGACGCUCAGUGGGCAGCACUGAUCCACAUUCUGCUGUCUUCAGAGGAUUAUGAGAAAAACUUUGAUGUGAGAAAGUAUUAUAUUUCAAAUCGAGUUGAAAAGAGUUUUUCAGUAUUCAUACUAAACUCAACUAAAGCUGUACUCAGUUUCUCUUUCCUGGACAACGGAAGCUACCCGGUUAUGGACUUUAUUUUCAGCUAUUCAUGCUGUAUGUUGAAAGAUUUGGACCUGAGUAACAACGACAUGAAAGAUUCAGGCCUGAAGCUGCUAUGUGAAACAUUUUCCAAACCAGGCUGUAACCUUGAAACUUUAAGGUUGUCAGGUUGUUUAAUCACAAAGGAAGGUUGUGAAGUUCUGGCAUCAGCUCUGGCUUCUAACCUCUCUAACCUCAAAGAGUUGGACCUGAGUUACAAUUACCCAGAAGAACAUGGAGUGGCGCUCCUCUCUGCUGGAGUGGAAAACCCAGACUUGGCCUUAACGACUCUCAGGGUGGAGCCGAGUGGAUCACAGUUUUUAGUACCUGGUCUGAGGAAGUAUGCUGUUGAACUCAUCCUGGACUCCACUACGCACAGAAACCUCACACUAUCUGAGUUUAACAGAAUAAUGAUGGUGGGACAAGGAGAGAAGCUCUCAUGGUUUGGUGCUGAGGAGGAGCUGCUGGGCAGACAUGGUCUCACUGGUCGCUGUUACUGGGAGGCAGAGUGGAGAGGAAAAGCUGCCAUUGGAGUGACGUACAAAACAAUCAGAAGGAGAGGGGAAAGGAAUGGCUGUGGUCUUGGAGUCAAUGAUCAGUCAUGGGCUUUGUUGUGCUCUAAGGAAGGAUUCUCUGUUCUGCACUACAACAAAAUAACUAAAAUCUGUGUAGAACCUUCAAGCAAAGUUGGGGUGUAUGUGGAUGUGCCUGGUGGCACUGUGUCUUUCUUUGGGGUUUACCCUGAUAAAAUGACCUACCUUCACACCUACAACACCAAAUUCACUGAACCUGUGUAUCCUGCUUUGAGAAUAGAAGCUGACCCCGUUAAUUCAUCUCUUACUUUGUGUUAGAUUUAGUAAAGAUUGUCAAGGUCAGAGUAGUCAAAUUGAAUCUGAAUUUAUUAUUCCUAUCAAACAUUUAAAAAGGAUUCUGGAUCCUUAUGAGUUUCUUCUGCACAUAA